UACUGUUGAAACUGGACUUGAGAACAUCCGAUAUCUGUGGUGAGGCGGGGUGAUUGAAAUGAGUCUGGACGCGGAUUCAUUCCUAACGUAACAUUCCCGAUUCACGCAGAGGUGCACUACCCUUUGCGGCUAAAAGCCACCCAUCGAUGGAUGUAGAAGAGGAUAGUGCACAACACACAGGAUAUCUCUCGGAGGCAGCCGACGGAUCAGACGAACAAAUAAAGAGUCACAGAGCAUCUCAAGACGUUGCGAGUGCGGCUGCCACGCCGGAUACUAGUGGGGACAACCUCAAGGUCUCAAAUGUCGCUGGAGCCUCUAAUGGGCGGACCAUACGUAGCGGUGGUGUCCGGCCCUACGUCAGCCUGAGCAGUGAUGGUCAGGCUUUUUCAUCCUCUUCGACAGGACCCUUCUUCGAUACACGCAGACCUUCCAUGGACGCUUUUCGACGACGCUCUCUCUCCCCGUCUGGAGCGCCUGGCCUGUCCGGACCAGCAGCUGUUGAGGCAGCAGCGCACCAGUACCCUCUCCUUCGAAGAGGGGGAGCGCCAGGCGCGGGUCGCUUUCGAAGAGGCAGCACGCUGGGGCAAGAUGUGACGCCUGAGCUCAUGCCGCCGUCAGAGGGUUAUGAAGCGUCAGAUAUGCUAAAGGACCCGCCGGAGCCGUCAGCAAAAAUGCUAGACUCGCCAUUACAUCUGGGUAAUCCAUUACCUGAUAUCGAUCGGUAUCCAGCAACAGACGCUUCUACAGCGCGCUAUCAAGCAUCUGAUUUUGCGCCGCUAUCGUCCGUCUCGCGCAACCGAGCGCGCUCAACAUCCAAUUCAGGUUUCCGGAUAUCACCGUAUGCAGUCGCCAGUCGCUCGAGUCCAAGUCCCAAGAGCAAACGGCUGCCCAGCAACCCAUGGAACAGUGGCACGGUCGGAGGUCCAAUGUCAGACCUGAGGCGGAAAAGCGGGGAGCGUGAGCGUGAAGCGGUUCCUUUGGCCUGUAACGAAAGCUCAAAUGGGGCAUUGGGCUUGCUGCCGCCACGAAGGCGAAGUCCCCAGAGCAUAGAUCGCACGGAAGACGGCGAUGGCUCUGGCAACAACGGCUCAUCAUCAGAAGGAAUUGCUAACACCCCUCCCUUUGGUGGGCAUUACGGGGCCAGGAGCCUUGGACUACGCAGAGGUAUUGCAAGGAGGGGUGGUGCUAUGACUCCGCGGGACAAAUCCAUGCUGCGCAUUGCUGCAACUCUCCAGGAUGAGAGCCAUCCCUUUGCAGGCGAGGUUGCUUCCGAGGCUCGUCUCUCACGAGAACGCCGCCUUGCCAGCUCGUCGAACGACCAUCCAUUCUCUUCUGGCGGUCGGGUGCUCGGCUUUAUCAUUCCCCCAUCCGCAAGAUCACGCCAUCGCUCCCCAUUCGUGGGCACAGGGCCAAUCAAGGCAGGCGGGAAAAAGGCAUGGGAAGAGCAAGACGACCAGCCUGAUCUUCUGGACGACGUCGCUUUCGGCGUCGAUUCUGGAGAGCUCAGCAGCGACGACGAAAAUAUGCCCUCGACGGCGCCGAGCUUUGGUCCAGUGAACGAAGCUGAGAUGGAGGUCGAGUCCUCAGCGGGUGUCAAUGCAGACGCGAAUGCGGCACCGGUGCUACGUGGGCAUAGACGCAAUGACUCUAAAUGGACUGACUUUCGGGAGACUCGACAUCCUUCAAUAUCGACCGGAACCGCCCUCGCUUACAGGGACUCUCGCCUGAGUGCAAGCCCGAGUGCUGAACGAUCUCUGAUGUGGUCCAAGACACCGGCCUUUGGGCCGGCUUCUUACGGAGGCAGUGAUAUGAUGGACACGGUCGUGCCAGAGGAGCUACCUCCAGCUGUCUUGUCAGCACCUUGGCACUUUGGGGGUAACAACGGUGGACGGAUACCAAAACGCAAGGCGAACGACGAUCGCUAUGAGCCUUACGCCGCGAGCGCGCAAAAGCGCCGUGCUGUCAGCCCUAUGCAUCAAUUGAGCUUGUCUAUCUCUCAAGGCAGCUCAAUUGGAGGGCCUGUGCCGCAUGCAAUCACGUCUCCAAGCAACAGUCAUUUCCCCGUCACUGGCGGUAGUGGCUCCGCUGGAUGUUACUUCACUGGCUCGCACUCGAACCACACCCAAGCUGGCCACCAUUCGCGCAACGCAUCCAGGGUAUCCCUGGUCGGCUCGAGACCCGGCUCGAGACAAUCUUCACCAGCUCUUACGAAUGCAUCCACGCUUGGCUCGUCAGUCACAACUCAGGCACGGCCAUCCACACCGACCACAAUGAUGCCCCCAGUAGCGUCCUCGCCCUCACUUGGACCUGGGGUUGCAUCCAUGGCGCCCACGCUCUCUGGUGGGGGAACUCCAAAAAUGGCCACCACGUCCGGCGCCGGGUCCGGACCAGGAUACGGCAGCGGUGCCCUCGGCCUGAGCUUGGGCUUGAAUCACUCUCUCUACUUGUCGCCAGGCACCAGUGCUGGCGGCCAAGGAGUGCUCCCCCGUGGACUUGGCGUUGGGCCUGCAUGGACCCGAAGAGACAGGGAUGAGGAGAUGCAGGAAGAUGCAGUGGAAGAAGGCCUGAGCAUGAUCGAAUUGCAAUGACGAUAAUGGACCCUAUUGGCAUUUACACCAACACGUUGUAUUCUACGUAUGUGCGAAAUCAAAGCACCGAGUAACGACCAGG